GGUUUCCUUGUUUUCCUGCGGGCCGUGAACGCAGCCCCGCUGAUGACGUAGGCAGGAGGAGAUAAACAUGGCGUCGGGACAGCAGUGGGUGUUGGUAGAGAUGGUGCAGGCGUUUUACGAGGCUCCUGCAUAUCACCUGAUUCUGGAGGGGAUCCUCAUACUUUGGAUCAUCAGGCUUCUGUUCUCGAAGACCUACAAACUUCACGAGACCUACAAACUGACAGAGAAGGAAAAGGAGGACCUGAUAGAAGAAUGGCAGCCAGAGCCUCUGGUUCCUCUGGUCUCCAAAGACCACCCCAGCCUCUACUACGACGUUGUCUCAGGACCUCCGAGCCACAAAAUCAUCAUAAACGGAAAAGAGUGUGUAAACUUUGCUUCGUUUAACUUCCUGGGUCUCCUUGACAACGAGCGCGUGAAGGAAAAGGCUUUAGCGUCUCUAAAGAAAUACGGCGUUGGCACGUGUGGUCCUCGAGGUUUUUACGGGACGUUUGAUAGGAAGGAGGGGGCUCAGAAGUCCUCCAUAUAUCAACAGAACAGCGCAUGGGACAGACUUUAUUCUCCAAACGUCCAUCUGGAGCUGGAGAGUCGACUCGCCAAAUUCAUGAACACAGAAGAGGCCAUCAUUUACUCUUAUGGUUUUGCAACGGUUGCCAGUGCGAUUCCUGCCUACUCCAAGAGAGGGGACAUCAUAUUUGUGGACGAAGCCGCAUGUUUUUCUAUCCAGAAAGGUCUCCAGGCGUCGCGCAGCUUCAUCAAAUACUUCAAACACAACGACAUGGAGGAUCUGGAGCGGCUGCUCAAAGAGCAGGAGCUGGAGGACCAGAAGAAUCCUCGUAAGGCUCGAGUGACGCGGAAGUUUAUCGUUGUGGAGGGGCUGUACAUCAACACUGCGGACAUCUGUCCUCUUCCCGAGCUGGUGAAGCUCAAGUACAAAUACAAGGUCCGGAUCUUCCUGGAGGAGAGCAUGUCCUUUGGUGUGUUGGGAAGACACGGUAAAGGAGUCACUGAGCACUUCGGCGUCAAUAUAGACGACAUCGAUCUGAUCAGCGCCAACAUGGAGAACGCCGUGGCCUCCAUCGGGGGCUUCUGCUGCGGCCGCUCCUUUGUCAUUGACCAUCAGCGUCUGUCGGGGCAGGGCUACUGUUUCUCCGCCUCCCUGCCUCCCAUGCUGGCAGCUGCCGCCAUCGAGGCUCUCAACAUCAUGGAGGAGGAUCCAGAUAUUUUCACUGUCCUGAGAGAGAAGUGCAAGCAUGUUUACAAAGCUUUGCAGGGGAUCCCAGGUCUGAAGCUGGUGGGAAUGUCCUGCGCUCCGGCUCUUCACCUACAGCUGGAGAAAAGUUCAGGCUGCAGAGCUUCUGACAUGCAGCUGCUCCGCAGCAUCGUGGAUUAUUGUUUGGAACGACAUGUGGCUCUGACGCUCGCUCGAUAUCUGGAAAAGGAAGAGCGCUUCCUGCCCCCGCCCAGCAUCAGGGUGGUGGUCACCAUCAAGCAGAUGGACGACGACAACAUUUUAAAGACAGCCUCGUUACUCUAUUUCAUUUCUGCCUUUAAUAAAAACUAUCCAGUUAAAUUGCUCCAUCCGGAUAGAGUGAAUUUGGUUGUGGUUGUUUCAGAUGUUCUUGUCCAGUUUUGUUCUUACAUCCGUUCCCUCAGAUUCCUGCAACUAAACUUGGAUGUACAUUCCAAUAAAGGUUAGGACAAAUGAUAACAUGAACAUGAAGUUUGACUUUUUGCACCAUUACAAUACUUAUAGGCAACUAGUCAUCAUAUCUGCUGCUCUCUGAAACACAUGUUAAUGCUCAAUAGUACACAUAUAUGCUUCUUUAAUAUAUUUGCAUUAUACUAAGAUACAUUCAUUUUCAAUGGCUUUUGUCCUUAAUGGCUUUUCCCCCCCUUACAUUAGUUUUACUUUUAUACUUUAAGUAGUUUUGAAGCCAGUACUUUUAUACUUUUACUUGAGUAAAAAACUUGAGUUGAUACUUCAACUUCUACAGGAGUAUUUUUAAACUCUAGUAUCUAUACUUCUACCUGAGUAAUGAAUGUGAAUACU